CACUGCAAAGGUCCCCUUUUCCCACGACUGGUCUAGAAAAAGAAAAUCUCACUCAUUUUCUCGGAAAAUUUAAUAUCCUUAGAAGAAGGGGGAAAAAAGGAAAGAAAAGGCAAAUGGCGGCAGCGCCGACGAGAAUAGAUGUUUUACAGCUUUACCGAUCACUCAUGCGAGUGGCGCGACAGUUCUGUGAUUACAACAUAAGGGAGUACACAAAACGGCGAACCAUCGACGCGUUUCGAGACAAUAAGAUCUUAACCAACUGCUCUCAGCUCUCCGCCGCGUUCUCCGACGGUAAGGCUCAGCUGGAAGUCGCCAAAAGACGGGCUUUGGUUUAUUCACUCUAUGCUCCGAAGGUCAAAAGUAUAAUGGAUAUUAAGCCUUCUUAAAAAUAUUUAUCAUUGCAUUCUGACUUGAUCCCUUUGAGAAAUAAAAAAAGGAAAAACUUUGAUUCAUUGAGAUAAAUUUCAAGUUUUAUACCGUAUGAAGUGAAUUUUGCUAUACAUGCACUGUUUGAGAUAAAUGACAUGUUGGGUUCUGUUUGUUUUCUU